AUGGCUAUCUCCGCGGAACAAUUGCAAGCGAUCAUGCAACAACAGCAACAUCAACAGCAGCAGCAACAGUUUGAAGUAGCUCAGCUGAAAAUGGCGGAAACAAUGAUGCAGAAGUUCAGCCUGCAUCUUCCUGCUGCAGAAUCCCCUGGAAAACAGUCCUCGUCAGUAGAUGCUGCUGCUGCCUCCAUCACCGAGUUUCAUCACGAUCCCGACUUCGGUGUGACAUUUGAGGCAUGGUUUAAGCGUUGGGAAGAUAUUUUCCAUGUGGAAUUUGCUUACACUGAUGAUGUAUGGAAGGUGCGCCUGCUAUUACACAAACUGGGCACCAAGGAGCACGAGCGGUACGCGGAUAUAAUUCUGCCGGAGAACCCUCGUGACUUCACUUUCGAUGCAACUGUCAACCGUCUCUCGGAGAUCUUC